CAUGCCAACAUAGGAAGCUAGCCGAAGAGCUCGUCAGGCCUCCAGCAGACAAGAUCCGACAGUUCUGUUUGGGAAGGGACCGAUACCGCUUUAUGAAUCUGGAUGAGAGCAGUUAGAAUCCCAAAAAUAUGGUGGUUCUCAAAAUUCGAGACCAGCCUCCUCUGCUGAAAGCUAUUUUCAAUGUGGACCCAGAUGAAGUACGUUCGCUCAUAUUCAAAAAAGAGGACGUGAAUGCACAGGACAACGAGAAGCGGACUCCUCUGCAUGCUGCUGCCUAUCUUGGAGAUGCAGAAAUUAUAGAGCUGUUGAUUCUAUCAGGUGCAAGAGUAAAUGCCAAAGAUAACAAGUGGCUGACUCCCCUGCACCGGGCUGUGGCUUCUUGCAGCGAGGAGGCUGUCCAGGUGUUGCUGAAACACUCUGCAGAUGUAAAUGCCAGAGACAAGAACUGGCAGACGCCCCUUCACAUCGCAGCGGCCAAUAAGGCAGUUCGCUGCGCCGAAGCUCUCGUUCCUCUUCUUAGCAACGUGAAUGUAUCGGACCGAGCAGGCCGCACUGCGCUGCACCACGCAGCCUUUAGCGGUCACCUGGAGAUGGUGAGGCUCUUGCUCUCCAGAGGAGCUAACAUUAACGCUUUUGACAAGAAGGAUCGCCGUGCAAUCCACUGGGCGGCCUACAUGGGACACAUAGAAGUGGUGAAGUUGCUGGCUUCUCAUGGAGCUGAAGUGGCCUGCAAAGAUAAGAAAUCCUACACCCCMCUACAUGCGGCAGCCUCUAGUGGAAUGAUUAGUGUUGUCAAAUACCUCCUGGACUUAGGAGUGGAUAUCAAUGAGCCCAAUGCGUAUGGUAACACACCCUUACAUGUGGCCUGCUACAACGGGCAGGAYGUGGUGGUGAACGAGCUUAUUGAAUGUGGAGCAAACGUCAACCAGGUGAACGAGAAGGGCUUCGCUCCGCUCCACUUCACCGCCGCUUCACGGCAUGGAGCGCUGUGUCUGGAGCUCCUGGUGUGCAAUGGGGCUGACGUCAACAUAAAGAGUAAAGAUGGGAAGACACCACUUCAUAUGACAGCGAUCCAUGGGAGGUUUUCUAGAUCUCAAGCAAUCAUUGAGAAUGGUGCCGAGAUUGACUGUGAAGAUAAAAACGGGAACACACCACUACACAUUGCAGCUCGAUACGGACACGAGCUCCUCAUUAACACUCUCAUCAGCAACAAAGCUGACACCGCAAAACGAGGGAUUCACGGCAUGUUCCCGCUGCAUUUGGCUGCGCUCAGCGGCUUCUCAGACUGCUGUCGCAAGCUUCUGUCUUCAGGCUUUGAUAUUGAUACUCCUGAUGAUUUUGGAAGGACCUGUUUACAUGCUGCAGCAGCUGGGGGAAACCUGGAAUGUUUGAAUCUUCUUCUCAACACYGGAGCAGACUUUAACAGGAAGGACAGCUUUGGCAGGACUCSGUUGCACUACGCUGCUGCCAACUGUAACUACCAGUGCCUGUUUGCUUUGGUGGGCUCGGGGGCUGGCGUCAAUGACCUAGACGAGCGGGGCUGCACUCCUCUCCACUAUGCCGCUGCCUCUGACACAGAUGGAAAGUGCCUGGAAUAUUUACUGAGAAAUGAUGCGAAUCCAGGGAUUCGGGACAAUCAGGGCUACAAUGCUGUGCACUACGCCUCAGCGUACGGACAUCGUCUUUGUCUAGAGCUGAUUGCAAGUGAAACGCCCUUAGAUGUGCUAAUGGAAACCUCAGGGACAGACAUCCUGAAUGACUCCGAUGUCCGAGCUCCUGUCAGCCCCCUGCACCUUGCUGCAUAUCAUGGUCACCAUCAAGCCAUGGAGGUUCUGGUCCAGUCUUUGCUGGAUUUGGAUGUUAGGAACAGCCAAGGGCGUACACCCCUCGACCUGGCCGCCUUCAAGGGCCGAGUGGAGUGUGUGGACGUCCUAAUCAACCAGGGAGCCUCUAUCUUGGUGAAAGAUUAUACCUUGAAACGAACCCCCAUACACGCUGCAGCCACAAAUGGUCAUUCAGAGUGUUUGAGAUUGCUGAUUGGAAAUGCCGAUCUUCAAAGUGCAGUAGACAUUCAAGAUGGGAAUGGACAAACCCCACUGAUGUUGUCAGUCCUGAGUGGACACACAGAUUGUGUGUAUUCUCUCCUUAAUAAAGGAGCCAGCGUUGACGCCAAAGACAAGUGGGGCAGGACUGCCUUGCAUAGAGGAGCAGUGACCGGUCAUGAAGAAUGCGUGGAGGCCUUGCUUCAGCACAGCGCCAACUUCCUGGCGCGGGACUGUAAAGGGCGCACGCCGGUCCACCUGGCAGCGGCGUGCGGACACAUCGGGGUACUCGGAGGCCUUCUGCACGCCGCCCAAUCAGUGGAGACGCUCCCCACCCUAACAGACAACCAGGGCUACACCCCGCUGCACUGGGCCUGCUACAACGGUCAUGAUACGUGUGUGGAGGUUUUGCUGGAACAAGAGAUUUUUCACAAGGCAGAAGGCAAUCCUUUCAGCCCCCUCCACUGUGCUGUAAUCCGUGACAACGAAGGUGCGGCUGAAAUGUUGAUAGACACUUUGGGGCCUGUCAUUGUAAACRCCAAAGAUAGCAAAAACAGGACCCCCCUGCACGCCGCAGCGUUCACUGACCACGUGGAGUGUCUGCAGCUGCUGCUGAGCCACAACGCUCAGGUCAGCUGCGUCGACGCCGCAGGCAAGACCCCGCUCAUGAUGGCUGCAGAGAACGGGCAAACCAACGCCGUCGAGCUGCUGGUGAGCAGUGCAAAAGCAGACCUGACUUUACAAGACGCACUGAAGAACACUGCACUACACUUGGCCUGCAGUAAGGGGCAUGAAACCAGUGCCUUGUUGAUAUUGGAGAAGAUUACAGACAGAAACCUCAUUAAUGCUACAAAUGCCGCCUUACAGACGCCUCUGCAUGUGGCUGCAAGAAACGGCCUGAUUGUGGUGGUGCAGGAGCUGCUYGCAAAGGGAGCCAGUGUCCUUGCAGUUGAUGAAAACGGUUACACGCCUGCCUUGGCUUGUGCCCCCAACAAAGACGUGGCCGACUGCCUCGCCCUCAUCCUGGCCACCAUGAUGCCUGUGUCCCCCUGCACCCAAGCCCCCACCAUCCCUUUCAGUGCCAUUAACCACUACACCACCAGCCCCUCGAAGAGCGUCACCUUCGACAGCCUGCCGUCACUACGAGGCGAGCACAGCUCCUACUGCAGCUUCAACAACAUCAGCCACAACGACGGCUUCUACAAAGACGAGGAGCUCAACGACUCGGACUCUGAGACGUACUGAAGGGGGUGGGGCAGGAGGGACGAGAGGAAUGCACAAACACAUACACUGUGUCUUAAAAAUCACUCGCCGUGAGCUUGGGUGGGCACAGGGAGAAGCAAUCCCCCAGAGGAGCCUUAAGAUCCCCCCCCACACACACUACCACAAAUAGAAGAAUACGGGGAGGAGGUGCAGCAGGCUGUCCCACACUCAUCUCGACCUCAUCCAGCACAGAGGCUGGACAGAAGGAACCACUGCUUGAUCAAUGCUGACGUAUCGAGCGGGGGGAAACCAAAUUUGUUGGACAGACGGCAACUGAUUUGCAGCAAUAACAAGCUGAAGAUGUGUGACUGAACUCCAGAGUUAAACCAGCAGGGACCAAAAAAAAGACAUGGAUUCAUUUUUAACUGUUUUAACUGAGUAAAGUGACUUGAGACUGAAAUAUUUUCAUGAGGGUUGUUGAUUAGCAAGAAAAACUAGUUUUCAUUGAUUAAUAUCGGCACACUACAUCACACACGUGCAUCAAGUUURUAAGUCAUGCAGGGGGAGGGAAAAAUCAUUUAUUUUUUGAUCAAAAUUUUAUUAUACCAGUCWUAAUGUCUUAAAACUCCUCUAGAAAUGUAAUUUGCUUAUAUAAUUAUAAACCCUUUGAUACAGGCACCAGGUUAAUAAUACGUUGAGCGACCUACCUUUGUACAUUCAGCUGACAAUUGCAGUUUAGUCUUUAAAAAAUAAAUUAUUUGUAUUCAUUUGGUUGCUUUUGAUUUGUUCAUUUUGUGCCUUUAGAAAACAUGAGUUUGUAGAGGCAGCGGUGAAAGUACACAUUAAGUACUAAAGUACUGAGGGAUCUAUCCUCAGCACAGUAAAGAGACACUGUAAACCACUGAUGGGACAUGAUUUGAUUUUCCUUAAAGUGAUGUUUUUGCUCUAUUAGUUUUGCUUGCUUUAARCUGGAAAAAAAUAAAAGGAAACCAGUCAAUUGUUUCAUCAUUCAAAAACUCCCAGUUGUGUCUGCAAAAUAUUUUAACUGGAAUUCUGUACAUUUGCUAGAUUGAAUAGAAUGGGAAAGUUUUUUUUUCUUUUCCUAACAUUUUCUUGAAGAGGAAUGAAACUAGCAUGUAUAUAGAAAUUAUGACUGUGAAUUCAAAAUUUCAUUGAGUUCUUUCAGUACUGAGAUUGCUGUAUAUUUUAAGAGAAAUAAAUUAUUUAAUAAUGGG